CGCCCGCCGCCUCGCUCCGCUUUCCGCGCUUCCCUCCAUCCGGGGCCGGGUCUGCCCCGCCGUCGCGGAGCCUCGGGUCCGGCCGCUGCCUGCGGGCCAGCACGUGCGCGGCUCCCGCGCCCCGCGUCCCGCAUCCGGCCCCGCAGAGCGUAGCGCCCUCCCGGCGGCCGCGCGAUGCUGUGCUUCCUGAGGGGAAUGGCCUUUGUGCCCUUCCUCCUGGUGACCUGGUCGUCCGCCGCCUUCAUCAUUUCCUACGUGGUCGCGGUGCUCUCGGGGCACGUCAACCCCUUCCUCCCCUACAUCAGUGAUACAGGAACAACACCUCCAGAGAGUGGGAUUUUUGGAUUUAUGAUAAACUUCUCUGCAUUUCUUGGUGCAGCCACAAUGUACACAAGAUAUAAAAUAGUAGAGAAGCAAAAUCAGACCAGCUAUUUCAGCACGCCUGUAUUUAACUUGGUGUCCCUAGUUCUUGGAUUGGUGGGAUGUAUCGGAAUGGGCAUUGUAGCCAAUUUCCAGGAGUUAGCUGUUCCCGUGGUCCACGAUGGCGGCGCCCUUUUGGCUUUUGUCUGCGGUGUGGUCUACACGCUCCUGCAGUCCAUCAUCUCUUACAAAUCAUGUCCCCAGUGGAACAGCCUGUCCACAUGCCACGUGCGGUUGGCCAUCUCUGCUGUUUCCUGUGCAGCCGUGGUCCCCAUGAUUGCCUGUGCUUCACUAAUUUCUAUAACCAAGCUGGAGUGGAAUCCCAAAGAAAAGGAUUAUAUAUAUCACGUAGUGAGUGCAAUCUGCGAAUGGACAGUGGCCUUUGGUUUCAUUUUCUACUUCCUAACAUUCAUCCACGAUUUCCAGAGUGUCACCCUAAGAAUAUCCACAGAAAUCAAUGAUGAUGUUUGAAGAAAGAAGAAUGGUAUCUCACUCAGUGAGAGUCGCAGACAAUUUCUGGAAGCGGUAGGGAGGACAGACAGGGUUUCAGUGUUGCUCUGAGUGGAAUGUAUCUGCGGCACGUCCACGACUUGAAUUUCUUUAAGAAUUCCCAAUACUUGUACUAUUUCCAAAGGUAUGUUUUCCUAGAGAAUGUAGAGCAUAUAUGGCAUUGUAGCAAUGUUUUUAUAAUUUUCCAAGUAGACACUUUUUUUACAUGAACAAAUUCAUAUGGAAAAGAAAAGGUGUUACAGAAAAUGGAGAGCUCUUAUUUUUGCACAGAUUCUGUUUUGUGUUUUCUUUGUGUGUAAGUGAUUUGUAGGAAUACACUAAAUGAGGAAUUCACUAACAAGUAAAAUCAGGGCAUAUUCAUUUUUAAAUUUUAUUUUUAGAGAAUGAACGGUCUAAUUUUAUAUCAUGAUAGCAUUUAUAAAGUUUGAUUUAUAACAAUCAUAAAGAUUUAGUUAACAAAUGAACACUAACAAGGAUACUCUGAUUUUUAAGUGAACUAAGCAAAAUGCUUCUAUUGAAAGGCCUUACUUACUCUCUCUCUAUGCACAUUAACUCUAAGUGAACACAGAGGACCUCAGUUUUUAAAUUCCGUCCCCCGUGGGCCUCCCUGCUCACAGAGCCACAGCUUUUACCCUUGUUGCCAACUGGCAUUCCAUAGUGGGCCCGAUUUCAGGUGAGAUGAAUUCAGCAAAACAGAUUAGAAAAGCCUUAGAACAACGAUAAAAUGGAGGUGAGCACCUGACAAGGAAAACGACACUGGAUUCCGGAUUGUUGUCCUGGCUGGAUAAGCAAGGAGGGAAAGUAUCUCAGGGACCAUUUGUCGAAGGCAGGAUUAUGGGAAGAGACCUUUGGUCAAUACUAAACCUCCACAAAAGCCAAUCUGAAAAACAUUAAAAAGACCAUUGGUAAAACCACCCUUUAUUGUCACCGGCAUAAAGUGAUCUACAUACAGUCUGACUCAGAAGCUGAAACUCACGUCUGAAAUUCAUUUCCUGCCACUAAACCUGUGGAAGAGAAUGUACGUCUGAGACAGAGGAGAAAGAGAGGGUGCAGGGUGCAGGUUAUUUACUCCUUCUUUUAAUGCCUGUGGCUGAAUGUUUGCACACUGUAUGAAAUGGGAGUCGGUCCUUUAUUAAGCAUGACCGACAGACUCCACCUUCUCACCCAAAGCACAAAUGACAAAGGAAAAGCAAAUGGUUCCAGAGCGAGAAGUGGGCCUUGACAGCAGCCUCUUCGACCUCAGUUGCAGCAACUUCUUCCUAGAAACAUUGCCAAAGACGAGGGAAGCAAGAGCAAAAAUGAACUAUUGGGACUUCAUCAACAUAAAAUGCUUUUGCACAGCAAGGGAAC